UUUCCGUCAAACUUCGGAAUCAACUAUAUUGCGCAUUCGGAACUGCCUCGGACUGACGGAAAGGGCCGAGUAGUUGCGAUUGCUAUAUUGCGAUCAAUCAUGUCGAAACAGGAAGACGAGAACAUGACAGCGAAACUGGAAGAAUUAAUACUGAAAACAAAAGCGGAAAUAUAUCAGUGUUUUAAAUGGUUGCUUUGGAUAUGUUGUAUAUCGGUUGGUUUACUUGCGUGUUGGGUAGGAAAAGUACAGUACUAUGCAGUCGUAAAUACUAACGAUGGUAGUGACAAUAUUCAUAAGGACAGUAGAUAUAAGAGUUUUAAAGCAUUUGACCAAGAUCGUGAUGGUUUUAUUUCGGAGCCGGAGUUUGAACAAAUCCAUAGUCGCUUGAUUAACACUCAACCAAAGGUGUCAGAUGAAUUAAAACGUAUUGAAGAGGAACAAGGGAAACUCCACGCCCUUAUAAAUGAUCUACAGUUAAAACUGACAGACUCCGAGUUGGCUCAAUGGGGACCCUGGAGCACGUGGAGCGACUGUUAUAUGAAUUGCACUGGUAAACACGGUGGUCGUUUACAGAAUCGUUCAAGGGAGACAAAUUCAAAGUCGGUCGUACAGGGUCAUCAAAAAGAGACUGAGGAACGCCCAUGCAAUGCUGUACAAUUCGCAGGUUGCAUUAAAAGUUAUGGAACAGAUGAUAAUUUUGGUGUUAACUACGAUUUCGCCGAUCAAAUGGCAGUUUCCACGUGCACGGCGCUUUCAGAUGCCGGCUAUAUCUACGCUGUUAGACGGAGGUGCUCUUCGCUGUCGGUCUCGUGCGAGGAGACGUGUAAGCAAAUAGGUGGAACAUGUAUCAAUUCUCUACACAUUUAUAGAGGGUCACAAGUUUUGCUGAGAGAUGUUGACGGUUCCAAGGGAUUGUAUGUCUACAAGUACAACAGUUGUGCCGGUGAAUUUUGUGGUCCAAACUUUUGCUGUUGUCGGUCUUCAAAACCUUAAUUGUUCAUUGUCGUAUCACAACAUUCAAAACAUAGCCUUGUAAUAGAAAAUGCAGUAUUCCCUUGUGGCUUAGGGCUUAUCUUUCAGAGCUGAGGCAUCAGAAUUGCUGUCACCGUUUUCCUCUAAGUGAUUAUAAGAAUCUAAAUGGGUUUGAAUAACUGGAGUCUAUGUAUCUCUUACCUCCAGUAGGCAAGGUGGUUUUGACCCUUGGUGUUGCUUUAAGUUUGUAACACUGAGGUUAGCCAAAAUCAGCUUUCCUUUUUGGGCGCUAUAUAAAUUAAAUUGUGUUGGUGCGCCGUAAAGUCAAACAAAACAAACGGAAAAUGUACUUUCUUUAGUUAGCCAUCAUAAGGACAGCGAAAUGAUAAGCAUUGAUAUUUUGUCGAUAUGAUAAGCAUUGAUAUUUUGUCGAUAUGAUAAGCAUUGAUAUUUUGUCGAUAUGAUAAGCAUUGAUAUUUUGUCGAAUACGCAGCAUCAUUCUUGAGAGAAUAAAAGUGAUCAUGGAAGCCAAUAGAGCUGUUGAAAAUUGAUAACAAACCACAAUGUUUAUUUAUAUGGAUGCUGUUGGAAAGUGUGAGAUACAUGAUCCGAUAUAAAAUAUUUAUAUAUAUCUCAAUAUAUUGUGUUCAUUAUAUUAAUGUUCAUACUAAAUCACCAAAAAUGUUAUUAGCAUUUCCUUUUCAAUAAAACCUUUUUAAAGGAAAAUCCAAA